AUGAUCAUUAUGCAGGGAGAGUUUAUUGGGAACAGUGACCAUAUGGACUUGCAGAGUAGCGGUGAGAUGUGGGGGUAUGGAAGGAAACUUGAGCAAGGGAAAAGUAGAGCCGAUUUACUUGAAGGCUUCAAGUCCACAGAUCCACCUGUCCAGGAGAAAGCCCUUGCUGAGACAGAGGAGAGGCUCCGUGACAACGAGGCCAGCCCAGAGGAAGAAUGCAGGACAAAAGUGAACAGGACGGUGAUCAACACACGGGCCCCCGACAUGAAAAAUACGGAGACGGUGGGUUCAGAUGGCUUUCUGGCAGCUUUGGAAAAGGAUGCAAGAGAGCGUGCGAAACGAAGAAAGAGAAAUGAACAUUUAGCAAAUGCUCUGAAGGAGAAAGGAAAUGAUGCCUUCAGGAGAGGAGACUAUGUCACAGCCGUUCAGAAAUACACGGAAGGCUUAGAAAAACUGAAGGACAAGCAGCAGCUUUACACUAACAGAGCACAGGCCUACCUGAAGAUGCAUGAAUAUGAAAAAGCCAUUGGUGAUUGCAAUUGGGCUUUAAAGUGUGAUGAAAAAUACAUUAAAGCGUAUUUUCUGAUGGGGAAAGCUCACCUGGCACUGAAGCACUUCCAUGAAUCCAGGCAAUGCUAUCAGAAGAUCUUAGACAUUGACCCACAAAAGAAAAGCCUGUUUAAAGAUUGCAUGAAUGAAGUGAACUUGGAGGAAAAAAGAAUGAAUGAGGAAGAGAGAGCUUUGAAGGAAUUUCAGUCGGGCAAAUUUACAGCUUUGUCAAUAAAAGAAUUGCUGAAGAAACUUGAUAAGCCUGACCAGAACAUCCUCUACUAUUCGGGAGGGAUCAGAGUUUUGACAGAAGCCAUGAAAGACUGCACGGAGCAAACUUUAUUCAGAACAAAUGAUGGAUUCAGUAUCAUCAAUGACAACAAGGUCAUAAGACGGGGCUUCUCUGCAGAGAGGAAGACUACUGCUGAAGCGGAUCUGUCCAUUUCUCUUCUCUGCCUCUGGCAAGCUGUCUGCGCUGGGAAUGAAGAAAAUCAGCGUCUUCUGUUAACUCACUCUGAUAUGAAUGUACAACUGUCCAAAUUGCUUUCUUCUGGGGUACCAGAGAUCCAAAAGGAGACCUUGGCGCUGAUCUCCCUCUACUCUGAGACUGAGAAUGGGAGGAGACUGUUGGUCAGACACCAGGACCUAAGCAGGUGGUUGCAGAUUUUGAUGAUGUUUAUCAACAGCACUGAUGGCAGGGCUAGCCAGGCUGUGAAUGUCCUGGCUGAUCUAACCAAAGAGGAAAGAUAUAAGUGUUUGAAUAUUGCUUUCUUCAUCCUCAACAGUUUCAAAAUCCAGUGUCGCAUCGAGUUUUCCACAGCUGUUUUACCUUUAUUCAGCCAGUUGCUGAUCUCUGCCAAGCUGGUGAACGGGACAGCCCUUGCUCAUUGUAUUGGCAUCAUGGGGGAUCUGUGCACAGACGGAGUUGUGCGAAAGAAGAUGGCUGACUGUCAAGAGUGCUGGCAGGCCUGCUUAAAGCUCAUGGACAAAUGUCUUCCUGGUGGCAGUACCCCUGAAUACCAGGAGUGCUUGUUUGCAGUGCUGGGCCUCAUGAUGAACUUACUGCUUGAAUCGAGUGCAGCAAUCCAGUGUUUUGCUUUGGAUAUAAGUGGGAGAUGCAUGUCUCUCCUCAGCAGUAAGGAUGGAAGGAUUGUGACAAGAGCCCUUGGAGUGCUAAGUCGCGUCUUGCCAGCAUCCUCCUCGGCAGUAGAAGAAGUAGUGAAAGGAGGCAUGGUGAAGAAAAUGAUCAAAAUCUUGAAAGCUGGUGGACAGAUCACAUCUAAUUAUGCUAUAAGGACCCUUUCUAUCUGCACCAAAAGUAACUGUCAAGCUCAAGAAGAGGUGGUGAAGUCAGAUAGAAGGUUUGCUGUGCUGCUGAAGCUCUUGAACUCCGAGAAUGAAAUUAUAGUGGGAAAUGCUGCUUUCUGCCUUGGACAUUGCCUUGCAGUUCCUGGAGCAGCAACAUCCUUACUGAAUUCCGACAUUGUGAUGGUUUUGUUGAAACAUGCUGGUGGUGAUGCUACCAACACUUCAGUGCAGGAGAAUGCAGCAAUUGCUCUGGGGAAGCUUUGUACUGCUGAACCAAGGCAUAUUUUUCAACUGCGGGAGCUCAAUGGAAUGGCCAUUCUGAACUCCUCUAUGAAAUAUGUGCAUAGUGUUUGAAGUCUUCAAACCUUCCUUACAUGCUGUUCUCAUCACUUGCUGUUGAGUAUUG